CGCUGCCUUACGCCGCUGACGCAGCGCGCCCAAGAUGGCGGCGCGGUUGUCGUCGGGGGUGGCGGCAGCAGUGGGGGCGGCGGCCGUGGCGGCAGCUGGGACGACAGCCGUGACGGCGGCGGCGGCGCGAGGCCUGGGACGGGGGGAAUGAGGAGGCCGCGGCGGACCGGCGGCGGAGCCGUGUAGCGGAGGAGCAGCUCCCCCUCUCUGCUUCCCUUGGCCGAGCCGGGGGCGCGCGCGCGCGCGUGGACGUCCGGAGCGGGCUUCCCACUCUCUACCCCGCAGCGCACCCCCACCCGGGCCCGGAGGAUGAUGAAGCUCAAGUCGAACCAGACCCGCACCUAUGACGGCGACGGCUACAAGAAGCGGGCCGCGUGCCUGUGUUUCCGCAGCGAGAGCGAGGAGGAGGUGCUACUGGUGAGCAGUAGUCGCCAUCCAGACCGGUGGAUUGUCCCUGGAGGAGGCAUGGAGCCUGAGGAGGAGCCGAGCAUGGCAGCAGUCCGGGAAGUCUGCGAGGAGGCUGGAGUAAAAGGGACAUUGGGAAGAUUAGUUGGAAUUUUUGAGAACCAGGAGAGGAAGCACAGAACGUAUGUCUAUGUGCUCAUUGUCACGGAGGUGCUGGAAGAUUGGGAGGACUCAGUUAACAUUGGAAGGAAGCGGGAGUGGUUUAAGGUAGAAGAGGCCAUCAAAGUGCUGCAGUACCACAAGCCUGUGCAGGCGUCGUAUUUUGAGACGUUGAGGCAAGGCUACUCCGCCAACAACGGCACCCCGGUCGUGGCCACCACAUACUCGGUUUCUUCUUCGCAGAGCUUCAGUGGCAUCAGAUGACUGAAGACCUGGAAGAGGGUGGAAAUUGGAAACCAGACUGAAGUGCAGACCUUCCCUCACCCCCUCGCUCUCCUCCCUCUCCUCACAGGCCUCCUCUCUCGGGCAUGGCAGCAGAGAAAGGGCUCGGUGAUAAUAUUGCUGUUUGGUGUCACGUGAUGGGGCUUUUCUUCUCAGUUGGGGUGGGGGGUAAUUUGUAAGUCCUUUUGUGCAUGAUCUGCCCCUCCCUGUUCACAUCCUACAUUCUCAGAGGCAAACAGCCAUCCUCUGCCUCAGAUUGUGAAGGGUUCCGUCUGUCACAUCUUGGCCCUGGCCAGGCUCUCUUAUUCGAUUUUUAAUUUUUUUUAAUUAAAAGAUACCAAUACGA